AUGACAAAUGAUGGUCGUCCUGAUUAUUCUUCAAUGUCCUAUGGUCAAUUGAGACGCUUUUUAGAUUUCUCUAAGAAAGAAAUAGGCAAUUUCUGCUUAGAGACAAUAAAUUACCUAGACAAUUUUGAUGAAGAUGGACAACAUGGUGAAGAUCUAAAUGAACGAAUCAGAUUGGAAGAUCAGCUGACCGACAUGACGGCGAAAAACGCAAGAAUAAGGAUACUACUACUUGAGUAUUAUCAACGUGACAAAGAAGAAAACUUGGAGGAGGCUUUUGAAGCUGCAAUUUUAGCACUCAAAACUAUUUAUGAUGCAAACGUGGCACCAGAAAUCAAGAAAUUUUGCUUCGUCAAGACUGAACUGUUUCAAAAUUAUAUCAAAUUAUUUCGAAAAGAAAUGGCUGCAAAGAAAAAAGAAAUUUACAAAAUCAGAAAGGUGUCAUACAAAAGUAAACGGAUUUAUUUGGAGAACCUUCUCAAACGAAAUGGUAACUGUGCUAACUUGGAAUCAUACAAUGAGAACCAACUUCGAAUAAUUCAACAGCAAAUCAAAUAUGCUGAAAUAAAAACAAACAUUUACGAGGAGUGGAUAUCAAUUGACGCUUGUAAGGAAAAAAUGGAUGGAUUAAAAAGAACUAAAUCAGCAACGCUUGCUGUCUUAUGGAAACAAGUGUUUUCAGGGCCUGUUGAGACCUUGAGACAGACGGCUUCACUGACUAAUUUGGAGAUUAUGAAGAUUUGUGACUACUGUGAAUUGACUGCUCCUGGAUAUCGUUUCAUUCACAUGUACAAGCCUGCAGUCUCGCAAGUUUUCUAUGACUGUGUCAUCAACAAAAACAUCAAUUUCCAUGCAAAUCCUUUUGCUGUUGAGAGUGGUUUAAACAAUGGAUGCGGUAUUUCACUAUCUGCCGCUCAUUCGUUGACUCACAACAGUCCAUUGGAGCCAAAUAUUGUUGAACCAGGACCGUCGACAUCCACUGCAACAGAUUCUGGUAGAAAUCUUCAUCAGUGUCUUGAUUCAAAUACUAAUAUUCUGGAAAACUUCUUUGAUUUGACGUACUAA